UCACUUGAUCUGUUUGUGUUUCAACGCGGAGUCGCGCACAAAUGACGCUGCAGUCACUAAAAUAAACCCCCAGUGCAGCUGGAUAUGGCGGCGCUCCUGAGAGGUCUACGGGCUGGAAGGGCACUCCGGGGGCUGUGCAGCGGUAAAACUGGGCUUCUUAUGUGUUGUUUUGUCAUGUUAAGACGUGACAGUUUGAAAAGUAACUCUACCAUAUCUGCUGUUUUUGCUAUUUGUUGCAUGAAUCCGGUGCCUGCCAUUGUUGACGUUAGCUACAAAGUCACUGUACUCAGAAGGUGAACAUGAAGGGCAGGAUUUGGCAUCAAAAUGUUGCCUGUGGCUUUAAAAUCAAAGAUAUUACUGUCUAGACUGCAGAUUGACUCUGUUAUCCGGUCCCACGGAGUCUAAAAACAAUACUUGCAUGAUAAAAUGUUUGUGCAGCUGAAGAGGGGGGGGUCUGUUGUCCAGGUAUGCAGUCUGUCAGAGCCUGUUUCCCCUCAGCUGAGUGAAGUUUAGUGUGUGAUAGCCCCCCUUCAGAUUCAUUAGAAACAAAAUGUACUUUUAGUAGUUAAAUAUGAAAACUGUCUUAUUUUCAACUUUCGAGGGUGAAACUCAACCACGAGUUAUUUGUGAGUCACUCAAAAUCCAAGAUCUUGUUGAGCCUUGGUUUAAUCAUAAAUGUUGGAUUUGGUUCAGGAUAGGGCUGGGCAAUAUGGGAAAAAGUUUAUCACGAUAUAUUUUUUAUCAUACCAGUCGAUAUCUAUAUCACGAUAUAAAAAAAAAUUACUUGUCAAUCUUAGAUGUUCCCUGUUACUCUUAAAUGAAAUGUAACACCAACAGUGCUGUCAGCUUCAUGUGUUAAAAUGCUAUGGUUGCGUGUAGCUGCAGCCAGCUACUACGCAGUUGUUUUCUACUUGGUUUGAAUUCAGCACAUGAUUGGUACAGCUCGGAGCAACUCCCCUUUUCAUUGGCUAUUCAUAUAGUCAAAACAUGGCAGAAUAACGACUAUCGAAAAGGAUAUUGACCAUGUUUUAAAUUGAUAUUGAGGGAAAUUAAUUUUCGAUAUAUAUCGUUAUUGUUUUAUCGCCCAGCCCUAGUUCAGGAGUUUGGUCAUAUAAUCUCAGACUAAAUGUUUAGAGGCUAAUAAAUGAAUUUGAAUCUCUCUACAGUGGUGGCUGCACCUCCAGUAGUAACCCCCCAGUGCAGCAGCCUGAGGCGAGGCUUCCACUGUGCAGCACUUAGGCUUCAGGAUGAAUCCAAAUCAGACAAACCCCCCACAUCAUCAUCCAACACCCACCAUGAGCCCUACGAAGCUCCCUCUGCAGAACAGGACACAGCCACAGCUUCCCAGGGUGACGCGUCAUCAGAUCCUGCAGCAGAGGAGGGCUCCAGUUCGAACACCAGGUCAGUUGAUGCAAAGACAGAAUAUUGAACUUCACAGUGCUGACCCUCUGUGAUCUAAGAGGGUCUGUCAAAUAAAGGCCUUUGUUACAUGACUUUUUGUGCCUUUGUGAAGUUACCAGGAUCAGAGUGGAGAGCAGGGUGAAGAAUACGAAACAGAAGAGCAGCUCCAGGCACGGAUCUUGACUGCUGCUUUAGAGUUCGUACCGCUGCACGGCUGGUCCAUGGAGGCUAUCGCAGCUGGAGCUGAGGUGAGCUGCUGUUGACAUGAGAAGAAGUUCCUUCAUAAUGGUGCAUUUGUUGUAGUCUGUAAAUAAUAAUUCAUCUUAGACAAAUGCUAUGGUUCCAAGCUCUCCCACUUUGAGGACUUAACCAUCAUAUUAUUCUGCAGAGAGAGGUCAGGAUCAUUCAAUAGCAGCUUGUUUGCUUUUACCAAAAGGGAAAGGAUAAAAGAGGGGCCAUAGAAAGUGCACCAAAACAAAAAGAGGAUGACAAGGUGGUCAACGAGAAUAAAUAAAACUGUAAACUGAACACAGUCUCGACCAAAUAUUAAAGAACUGUUUAAAGAAGUAUAUUACAGUAUCAACAGAUGAGACUCCAUUCACUUUGUAUCUGAGUCCUACAGAACCCUGAAAAUGUCUUUUUUAGCUGUAACUAUAGUGCCUGCCUUGUGUUUAUUUAUUAUUUAUACAUACAAAAUAGAGAGAUGACUGAAAUAUGCACAGACAAACACUCUCUCUGUGUUUAAGUUUGAUUAAAACCUUAAUAAAUAUCCCAGUCUGAAAAGAAAUUUUAGAUUGCAUGUGAUUAUUCUUAUUUUUUUGGCAAAAGUUAAACUUCCUUUGUGUUUGGUUGCUUCAGACACUGGGCCUGUCCUCUGCUUCUAAUGGUAUGUUCUAUAACGGAGCCGGAGAUCUGGUCCUACACUUCAUCUCCCAGUGCAACUCACAGCUGAUAGAGAUCCUGGCUGAACAGCACAAUCAGGUUCAGCUUGGCCAGGCUGAGUACGAGAACACACACACACACAAACAUUCUCAUUUUUACCUCCAAAAACCCAAAGCUGAUAUUGUCUGCUAUUUUAUGAGUGGUGUUUUGAACUGUUUUGAGCUCCAAAUGGAAAAUACACAGUUCUGUUUUGUUUGUUUCAGACAAAAGAGCACUGCUGACUUUCUCAGAGAUGCCAUAGAGACCAGACUGAGGAUGCACAUCCCUUACAUUGAAUCAUGGCCCCAGGUAUGAUGUGAAUGAUGAUCUGCGUGUGUUUUCUUUCAUUGUUUUUUUUUGUACAAGCAUUGCGGGCAUCAAACGAGGAACUGUUUCUUAUCCUUGACUCUGUGAACGACUCCUCAGGCAAUGAGCAUCCUGCUCCUUCCUCACAACAUCCCAAACAGCCUGAAGCACCUCAGCACCCUGGUGGACGAUAUCUGGUUUUACGCAGGAGAUCGAUCAACAGAUGUGAGUGGAUGUAGUCACAUUCUGGGCCCUUUUCUUGUCCUCUUUAUACCCUUCAGUCCACCUUCACCUCCAUUUUUCCAGGACUGUGACUCCCUGGAUUAGUCCUCUCAUCAACAACCCCCAGUUUCUGUUAACACAAUAAACUAAAAAAGUGUUUACUAAUUAGCAGGCUGGUAUCCCCUAAAACUCUUAUUUUCAUCAUACCUUCAGUAUUAAAUCUACGAUCAGCGUAUAAGAAAUUUCUGAAAAUACAGCAAAGAAUUUAUACUGUGUUGGUUUAUAACAUUUGUCCUCAUUAGCUGUUGUAUUUUUCUGUGACAGCUCAUUAUGGUGUUACACUUAGAACCUGACAGCAAAUUGGUUGUCAAGCUGUAAGUUAGUUUGUAAGAUACACUUACAGAAUGAAUGUUAGAUUUCCAGAACUUUUUAAACAAGAAUAUUACUGUUUUCUACAAUUGUUAUGCAGGAAAAAAUAAUACAACACAGUCACAAGUUUAAGGCAGAGUAGAAUGAAUCUGAUAGUUUAUCUCUUUGUUUUUCACAUGACAACAUGUCCUAACAGAAAGCCAGUAUUCAUCCUCAGACAAUCUGUGAUUCCUGUGAAUCCAUUAGCACUUCAUCCUGUUUGAUGACUCAACAUUUUCUUGGUUCUUGUUGUGUGCAUGUCUUUUAAAGUAAGAUUUACUGGGUUUUGAAUGACAUUACCGUGCCCUGUUUGAAACUAAGCAUUCUUUCAUUUUCAGAUGAACUGGUACACUAAACGGGCAGCACUGACAGGCAUCUAUAACACCACAGAACUGGUCAUGGUUCAGGAUUCCUCUCCAGACUUUCAGGAUACUUGGAAUUUCCUGGACAACCGCAUUCAGGAUGUGGUCAAUAUGGCCACCACCGCCAAACAGGUUAGGUGCAGCGCACCAAUCAUGAAGACUUAAACCAAAGAGGCCAUAAAUGAAGUGUGUUCGUUGUUUCAAGAUGUCUUGUGUUUUUUGUGCAAAGAUACACAGCUGUGUAUAUUCAUACAAAGUUAGAACCAUAGACUGUAUAUAGAAUGAAAGCAUCUGCGUCCUCAAUGGGUGAAGCCACUCCAAGAACAGCACACCCUGGUGACAGGCUGCAGUAUAGGUCAUAAAUCCCGCCUCUGCCAGCAAAGCUUAUAGGGCUGUGGACAAACUUUAGGAAUUUAUUACACAGAAUAUACACUUUUCUCCCCCCUGCUUGUGAUGUUGACAUGUAGUUACUGUAAGACUGGUUUGUGCUCAACUCCUCUUUUUUUCUGUACAGCUCCAUUUUUAAAAGUUAUUAGGGGGGCGUACCAAGAUUGCGUAGCUCAGCCGGGGGGAUACGCUGUUUGAGCCGAGCGUCAUUACAGCGACUCUUGGCGACUCUCCCGCCGCAUGUUGUCCAUAGUAUAUACAGUCUAUGGUUAGAACUAAUCUUUGUCUGACAUAAUUUGUCUAACAUUUGAACAAAUUCUUCAACCAUGUUAUAAAAUGUGUGUCACUUUGUCCUGUAGGUGCAGUCAACAGGUGAAGCAGUCGUGCAGGGGCUCAUGGGAGCUGCAGUUACAGUAAGUCAUUGCCUCUUGUUUAUCAUGUUCGUGCACUGCACUCAUCUUAGUAAUCUCCAGUCUAAAGUUUUUAACUUUCUCAUUGUGCCAGUCUGCAUUAGCAUGGCUAUCAAACUGUUUUUAUAUACCUGUUUCUUAUGUUUAUCUUUUGUCUUUCAGCUGAAGAACCUGACAGGACUUAACCAGAAACGAUGAUAGAAAAACUUCUCUCUGGGACUGAUCCUGUACGUCCAGCUUGUGUCAUGAGCUGAAGAUCAAUAUAAAUUUUGCUCUUAUUUCUUAUAACUGUAAGGGAACUCUAAAAGAGUAGUGCGUUUUACCUGUACUCUGUCAUCAAAAGCAAUUAUUUUGUGUCACAGGCCAAAGGUCUUUCUUUGUUCACCUGCAGGACCAGUGGAUGUGUCGUUUUUUGUUUCACUCUCACUCUUGCUUCCCUUGAAAAAAACGUGCACAGAGAUCUGUGAAUUUGUUGUCAAGACCCAAAUAAAGAAGUUAUUAUUGUAAAUAAAAAAAUGUUUGUUUUUGUUAUCUAGUUCAAAUGAAUCCAGUUUCCAGAGAUAACUCUUGGAUCUUGCAGCUAUUUUUAAAUUUAUUGGGGGAUAUUUUUAUUAUGUAAAGACAAGAACGUUGUGGUGAAAAUCAAUAAAACGCAUCAAGGUUGAACUGCUAUUUUACUUUUGAAAACAAUUAGAGCUCUUAUUUUGAAAAUGACCCGGAUAAGAAAUAAAUGCCCGCCUCUGAGGGUAUCUAGACCAA